AUGGAGCGGAAACGUCAGACGAAUCGGCAUCCAGAGUCCGAGAUCUCGGGCUAUUUUGGGAGUACUCGUCCCACAGUCCCAUACAAAACUCCCCGCACCCUAUUUGGUGGAACAGGCGAUUUAUAUUUCAGUCUCCAAUUGAGGCCUCUCAGUCCUGUAAUUCCAAUCCUUCGGAUGCCAAGGAAUCUUUCGCAUCCUGUAAGCCAAGCCGUCAACAGCUGCCACUCAUCCCAGGUUACUGCUGUCCUACCCGUGUUUAUGAAGGGGUCGUUCGAAACUAAGGAAUGA